UUUCCGAUUAGAUUGGAAUGGAGUAGGGCUCUGUAUUCAGAAGAGUACAAAAUUCAUCAAGAUUCAUUAUUUCUCGACGCCCUCCAAACCAAUGUAUUUGACGAUUAUAAAGAUAAUGCAGAGGACCAGGAUUCCACAUCAUCAACACGACUUCUGACCACAUUCAUAGCCGAAGUUUCCUCAGGAUCAGAAUGUCUAGAAUUUCAAAUAGAACAUUGCCGAAGCUCAGAAGUGGAUUUGGUGGGCCUUCAAGUUUGGCGAGGAGCCUUACUUCUAAGUGAUUUUAUUCUGGCCCAGCCUCAACAUUUCAAAAAUAGGCAUGUCAUUGAAUUGGCCGCUGGAACCGGAUUAACCUCGAUUGUGGCUGCCAAAUGGGCCCGACACGUUCUUUGCACGGAUGUGGACCGUGGCGAGAUCCUGGAUUUGAUCCGAUCUAAUGUCAAGUUGAAUGGUUGUGACAACGUGUGUAAAAUAGAAGAGAUAAAUUUCUUUGAAACGAGUUGGCGGGUCCAACUUCAACGAGAAAUUGAUACUGCUGAGGUGGUUUUAGUGGCCGAUGUGGUCUAUAAUCCAGAAAUUACCGCACAAUUCUUCAACAGCUUGCAAUUUAUUCUGGAUAGGAAUCCGAUAGUGGAGGUGUUCUUGGCGAUUGAGCAACGCUGUCAAAUGAAUGAGCAAGGAGAGUUGAUUUCUCCAAAUUUUGACCAUUUUUGUGCUCUUUUAAGUGGCUUAGCGGCAAAAAAUGGUCAAUCCACGAUAUUGAAAGAACUCCCAUGUGAUUUUCCCCGGUUCUUCAAUAGCUAUGAACGUGUCAAAAGACUUCAUUUAUGGCAUAUUGCUCGACUGUGA